CCCGGGGAGAUGGCUUGCAACAAAUGCGACGAAGGACAUUCAUUGCAAUUUACAUGGAAACUAUGGUUCUGCCGGAGUCCAACUAUAAUCGGGUACUGCCAUAAAUCAAUUAGGUGGCUAACUAUCUGAUGCAUUAUUUCGUUGUUAUUUUUCGUAAAACUUUCUUCUUUAUUUGAUAAAGUUUCCCUGCAAAGUUGGACUUCCAUAAAUCAAUUAGAACUCUCUAUUACUUCUAUGGGCUUCUAUGAACAUACGAUUUUAAUGAGUUUUCAUACCGCAUUUGCCUUCCUCAAAUGACUUUUGGCUGAUGUAAUGUUUUUAUGCUUUAAAAAACGUUGCAAUUUCAAUAAAACUGCUGCCAUGCUGUUUCCUUAGUUACCCCUGAAGCCUCAUUAAUAAUCCCAUUAAUUAAUUAUGAACCCCAUUAAGAUUCUGACACCUCUUUUCACCUUUUUGCAUCGCAAUUUGCCCCUUCUUUCGCCGUUUAAUUGCAAACUUCGCUUUGAAUAAACGGCAAUUGCAUUUGCAUGCUCAAUUUAUAAUUUCGUUUUUCAUUUUCUCACACUCGAUUUCUGCGUAUAUUUUGUCAGCUGUCAAUUGCCGCGCGUCGAGUGAAUUAUGGGCCAUUAAUUGCAUUGAUUUUGCAUUGAUUGUAAUGAGACGGCUAAUGAAACGUCAACACAGCGGAGUGGGAUCAUAAACUCGGGCAUUCGAGUAUUUCUGGAACCCGAACAUCUGUCGCACUCUCGAGUUUUUAAGCUAUUUAUGAAUAAGUACCCUCGCUAAUCCUUUUCGCGCGGAUUAGCUGUCCCUUGCGAAAGAUUUGUGUGAAAUUGGUGCGCGGAAAACACGCAAAACUCGCGUGUUCGGGCUGCGAUUCCCUGGAAAUCUCCCGCUUUCGUAUAUUUUCUGCCCACUUCUAGUUGGUAGGUAGUUGGCCAGGUUGGCCAGGUAGUUCCCGGAAUCAAGCCCAGUUGAGCUGGGACUCGGUUGAGCCUGGCUACCUGAAUGCCAGGAGCAGCUGUCGGGGAUCAGGUAGUCGCAUUUCAGCUAUUUAAGGCCAGCCAUCCUGGCCACAUUAUCACACUCGUCUCUCAACCUUCAACAUGAGCAUCAGCACGUUCAACUUCCAGUUCUACAACUACAAGCUGAGUCCCUCGUCGCCGGGCUUUGGCAGUCCCGCCUCCCGCUCCUCCUCCUCGUUCAUCAGCGAGCUGGAAAUGGACAUUGACGAGGACAUGUCCGCAUCGACCAGGCCCACAGUCACCUCCACGCCCAAGCCGCGUUUCACCACCCAACUGGCCGUGGAGUUGGCCAAAACCGAGCCGGGCAACGGCAUCUCCCCGCUGCGACCCAAAUUGCACACGGCCCAAAAGCGCUGGUCCAUGGAGCUGAGGGAGAAGGUGCUGGAGAUGUCCAGGCGCAACAACGGCGACGAGAAACCGCAGGCCGCGGUGGAGCAUCAGCAGCAAGAGCACUCCAUGCAGCACUUGCAACAGGAGCCCCUGCAAAAGGAGCCACUGCCACAGGAGCAACAGCCGCAACAGGAGCCCACUGUCAGCGACAAAAUCAACUUCUUCAACAAGCUGACCAACACCUUUGAGUCGGGCAUCAACAAACUGCUGCCCCAGAGCAGCUCCGCCGGCAACCGCUUCAUCGCCAUGUUGCGCAACGCCCGCCCGCAGAACAUUGCAACCACCGCGAGCAGCAGCAGCAGCAACAGCUUCCUGGGCAGCAACCACAGCCUCAGUGGCUCCGUCGGGGGGCAGGUGCCUCCGCCCAAGCCGAAGCGAUUGUCGCAGACCGCCGCCCAGUUCGCCACGCCCCUGGUGCCCGGAAUGGGCGUGGGGAAGGGCGGCUGCCCGCGGAAGAGCUCCCUGCGGCGCAAGCCCUCGAUGGACAAGUCGCGGGCCACCAUUUCGCGGCAGAGCUCGAGUGCCUCGGUGAGGACCCAGAACCACGCCAUCAUGGAGGACCUCAGCCUGGUGGUUCCGGUGCGAUUGCGGAUCGCGGAGUACGAGCAGCGGAUCUCGAUGAGUGCCUGAGGUCAGGGAUCUGAAGUUGAACCUCCACAGUAGUUAAGUUCCCAAGGAUAGCCUCUACUUUUUUCCUAAGUUAGCCUAAGCUUUUAAAGACAAUUCAAAUAUACAAUAUAUGAAGCAAAAACCUGGACUUUCAUUACUCUUAUGGAACAGUAUCCCUGAAAAUAAUAGUGAAUCACCACGUAACCAAUCCCUUUUAUCACAUAAUCACAGUCGAACAAAGAGCUCUGACUAACACGGCAAAAAUUCCAAUUCCGAAUGGCCAAUAUAUCAGACCAGUGCGGCUGAUAAAACAGAGUUGCCUCUGCCUCUGCAAUGGCAAUUGCAAAAUCCACACAAUUCCAGGGGUUGUAAGCUGAAUCACGCAAGACCAUGUAGUCCAUGUAUCGCCCGCUCUGUCCACGCGGAGCACAUAGUUACUCCACCCCACCCCAGCCCACCACGCACUUGUUUUGUUUGCCCAAGCGGAAAACAAGAAAAUCGUUAGCUUUUUAAUGCCUCAACCAGCGGGUAUUAUCUUAUCGGGAAAAAAACAGAGAGGGAGAUAAAGAGAGAGAGAGCAGAAGGAGAGCAGAGCUUGCAACACCUGAACGGCAGAGCACAGGUUAUCGAGCAAAUAUUGCUAACUAAACCGAACCGAACAGAAACCCACUGAGCUGUUCUGAUAAGAUAGCCAACGCGGCGUAUGAGUAAUGGGCUGGAACUGAAUCAGCCCAGGGACAACGAGAA